AUGCCCAGAGGUUCUCAAGACGACGGCAACGUUGAGCUGGUUUGUUCCGUGGGGGACCUGCGAAUCACUAUUCAGGGGCCAUCAGCUUCGGCAGCUUCCUUCCUCCAGAAAGUCUUGGCCUUGGGUGAGAGAGCUCCUCGUGCUGCUUCUCCUUCAGCUUCUGACAUUUCAUUUGAUUUGGUAUCAGCUGGGGGCAACCCUGAGCCUGUGGAUCCUUUGCCAGUACCUCGUCAGGAAACAAGGAGUGAGAUCGAAGCAUCUUUCUCCAGCUGUCCUCAAAGGUUUUUGGACUUAUCUGCAAAGUUAUCAGGUUCCUCACUGUCGUCUGAAGAGAGGAUCAAAAGAGCCUGGAAGGCAGGUCAGUGGGCUCAGGCGGUUUCUUUGGGCCGCGUACGUUCUCCAAACCGUACGGCUCAGUUGGACCUACGCCCACGAGUCUACGCUGUGGUCCGGGCCACUGGAAUUGAGUCCCCGACCCUUUGCAGGUCCGCUGGGGCCUAUUGGGAGAUCGUCGGAGAUCUCACCACUUCCAGCAGCAUCACUCACGGUUUCCCGUCUGAGUUGGAGGCCAAGAUCUACUUUGCAGGGGCUGGCAUCUCUGAGUACCAGCGAGAAGGUGGAAUCCUUUUGGCCCUGCCCGCGAUGUUUCUUCCACAGCGGCUGGUGGAUGCUGGGAAUGCAGAGGACAGCGACGGCAUCUUUGGACCUUCCUUUGUGACCGAGGUCCCUGCCUCCAUCGUAGAUGGCGGUGUGGUGUCGCCUACUGGAACCAAUGUAGAAGUUCUCAUCAUCGACUGCAAGCCCGAGGUUCUAUGUCAUAUGAGAGAGUUUGGCAUCCAGGAAGACAUUGUUUACAAUUUCGACGAGGAUUCUCCAUUUGCUUUUCCCAUCGUCGAUGCCAUGCUUCCAAUGAUCUCCGAGUGGGCCUCCAGAGCUCACGAUAUGAGAGCAGGGUUUUACACUCCAGAGGAUGCAGUGGAAGAAGAUCAGGCCCCAAGAACACCACGCCCCAGAAGGCAGCCUCCAGGAAAGGCUACUCCUUUAGGCGCUGGUGCCAAACCAAAGCGGGUCACCACAGCGUCUUUGGCAGCAGACAUGCAAGGGCUCAUGUCCACUCUUCCUCAGAUCUCCCAGCAACUGAGCCAGAUCUCCGAGAGACAGGCCCUUUUGGAGCAGAGGAUUGCCGUUCCUGGGAAGGCUUCAGCUUUGGGGCUUGGACAGACGUUGAGUGGCACGCUGACCGCCCAUCCUCCUCCUGUCUCAGAGUUGGCAAGAAGUCUCCGUCCUCCGCCACGGACGCAGGCGAAGGCGAACCUUGGUUUGUUGGCUUCGUCAGAUGCAGCGAAGCCCAAGGAACUUUUGGCUUUGGAAUCAGAGAAGCUGGCAACAGAGACAGAGUCCGGCCUGAGUUCAGACAGUGUAUUGGCCAAGGCAGUUUUGGCACAAAGUCAGGCCCUUACAACUCUUGUGGCGCAGAUUGCUUCGGCUCAGAACGACCCCAUGGCAGAGCUCACGGGCAGUUCAGCUUCCUCCAGCACAAGGGGGGCAGCUACCAGAGCAAAGCUCCAGCUGGAACUAGCUCAGCAUCGUGGCACCUUCUUCCAGAGCGUGAUGCAGAGCAUGAGCAGACGCAUGGCCCCGACAAGCAACCCUUGUGCUUCAGCGGAGGAGCUGCUCAACAGGGGGGUUUCAGGUGUGAGAUACCUAGAGAGAUUUGGGGGCUACGGCCGUGUUCGGGAGUUGGGUCAGUUGCAGUAUCAAGUCAUGAUGAUUUUCGACUUUUUGAUGGCCGAGAACUACAUGGCUGCCAUGGACGGAGUGGCUCUCUUGGCAGUGUCCCUAGAGCAGGCGAGCCUCGACGGGGGCAGAAUGGAGCUGGCGACUUUGCUUUGCCUACAGGAAGAUGCUCCAGCAAGCAUCUUCGUCAAUCGCCAGUUGUCAUCAACCUCCAGGGCGCGCUCUUUCGCGCCUUUAGCGGAUCAACGUUGGGUGACAUGUGCUCUGGCAUUUCUGAAAGAAAUGGAGGUGAUAGCGGCCAAACGGAGCGAGAUGAACUCCGGCUCCAAGUUCCCUUCAGAAGCUUCGCAAGACUCAGCUGCAGGCCACGCUGCAGCGAAACCAAAAGCGAAGGGCCAGCCCAAGAAAAAGGGAAAGGGAAAAGGGGCACAAGAACGACAGGAGGAGACCGUGGCUUUUGAGGUGCCGUACAAGUUUCUCUUGGCACCUUUGGCGAUCUUUCACUGCAACCUGGCGCUUGUCUUCCUUGGCGUCAACCACAGCUUUUCCCCUGCCUGCUGCUCGGGCCCUGAAUUGGCUGCUGCCCUUUUGCAUUUGGAGAGGUUUUUCGAUCUCCACCCUGAGCUGAGCCAAAGCUAUGUGCAGCACAAGCCUGCUGUUUUCAGCGAGGACAAACAGCUUUUGCCAAAGGAUGAGUACCCUGAAUUGAUCCCCUACAAGGAGGACUUGGCCUGCACUGAUGCCUGGGAGAGUCGUGAGCAUGAGAACCCAAAGAAAAAGGCAAGAGAGGUUGUUGGCGAUGGUUUUGAGAUUUCCGGCAGUAGCAGUUUUGAGCAUGCUGCCAAGGUUUACAGUGCUGCCGGGCUAGAAGGCUCAGCUGAGAAGGAUGUUGAGGCAGAAACCACUUUCAAAGCUGCCGGUGCUGAAAUUGUCUCAAGUAGGUCAGCUGUUCGAAGAGGAGUCACAACGGUUGGAGCCCCUCUAGCGAAACGUCUUGCUCUUUCAGCUUUGACUUUGCGAGCUGCAAAGCUCAACAUGAUCACUGCGAAGCUGGCCUCUCGUUUGGCUGGGAGUUGGACGUCUGUUUUGCUUUACCGGCGUUGUUUGACUGCUGCAGUUGAUGGUUUCUUUCAGUUAGCAGCGGAAGCUGAAGCAUCAGGGAAAAAUGCAGCCUUGCCUUUGCCACGGAAAGUUGCACAGGAGCUCAGUAUUUUGGCCGCCUGUGUACCUUUAGCAACUUCAAACAUUGCCAUCAAGUACAGCCCCACCAUCUAUGCAUCAGAUGCUUCGCUUGGAUUGGGAGCCGUCGUUUCAGCUGAGGUUGAUGAGAGUUUGGUUGAAGUGCUUUGGCUUGGUAGUGACAAAAAGGGCUGCUACACAAGGCUCGACGGGCCUGCCUUGGCUAUGCUUGCUGCAGCGGGUGAGGAAGUCCAUGAGGGUUACGACCUUCCUUUGCCAGAGCUUGGACCUUCAAAGGGCCUGCUUAUGUACUAUGACUUUGUGGAGUUCUUCGGUGGGUCAGGGCGAGUCUCUAAGUGCAUGGCUGAUUUGGGCUUCACUGUUGCUCCAUGUCUUGACCUGACUGCAUCGAAGCACUACGACAUGACUGAUGUAAGGCUCCUGGAGUGGUGCCUACACAUGAUUGAGCAAGGUCGUUUCAGGUCCUUCCUGACAGAGCCCCCUUGCACGACGUUCAGCCCAGCGGCAUACCCUGCAGUCAGAUCUUAUCUUUUGCCUGAAGGUUUUGACCGCAGUUGUCCAAAGACCUGGCUGGGAAACAUGUUGGCCUUUCGCUCCUUUGUCCUCUUGCGUCAUGGUUUGAGGUUCAGAAGACCUUGUGGCAAGGAGCAGCCACGCAGAAGCAAAAUGGCCUGGAUGCAAGCUUGGCUGGCACUUUUGAGGCUUGGCUUCAGGCAAGCGGUCAUAGCCUCCUGUCAAUUUGGCUCGCCCCACAAGAAGGAGUUCGUUUUGCUGCUGUAUGGUUUGGACGUUGAACGUUUGGAGGUGAAGUGUCCUGGUGGCCACAGUCAUGUCAAAAUUCAGGGCUCUUUGACAAAAGGAAGCGCAGUCUACACUUGGCCCCUUGCUGCGCAUAUUGCAGCUGAGUUUGGCAGAGCCCUCAAGAGGGUCCAGCUUCUUGAAAGUGAUCAGCCUCAAGUUGAUGGUCAUGAGAGCGUUGUUGUGAAUGACCUGCUGCAGACAGCCUCAUGGAAGGAGGAGAAGAGCUGGUAUUGGAAGAGGAAGAGCCACAUAAAUGUCUUGGAAGCUCAUUCAGGCAUUGGGGUCCUCACCACAGCAGCAGAGAAACAGCCUGACAGCAGAUUCCUUGGACUUUUGGAUUCACGGGUCGCAAAAGGUGCCCUGGCAAAGGGACGCAGCUCUUCACUUGGUCUUCAAAGAGCUUGCAAGCGAAGUGCAGCCAUCCAGGUUUGUUUUGGACUUUACCCUGGGUGGUCGUUUGCACCGACCCGUUUGAAUGUUGCUGAUGACCCAACGCGUCGAGUUAGACUUCGGCAGUCUUCGGGCCAGUCAAUUAUUCCACAUCUUGACAGGUCUCAGCUGCAGCUGAUGCAUUCGAAGCAUCUAUCGCGUUGGGCUGCAAAUUGGAUCAGGUUGUACCUGCUGCUGCUCGUCCUCCCUGGGCCAGCUUCGGCGGAAUGCAUAGAUGGAAGAGCAGUGUGCAGAGAGUCAUUUUAUUUUUGGUUCCCCAGUCAUUUUUCAGAGGGAUUUGAGGAGCAACAGAGAGAAGGAUGGAGUUUUGAGGAGGUCCACGAUUCCAGCUGGGAGGAGGUCCAUGACUCAUCUCGAUCGGCUUCUCCUCAAGCCUGCUCCAAGACCCUCAGCCUCUUCAAUGAUUGGAUUUCCACUGCCUUGACUCUUGCCUCUGCCUUCGGUUCUGCAGUCUCUUCUGAUCGGGGUCUGGUCUCAGUCUGUCAUUGGAUUUUGGAAUUUGGAUUUCUCUGUCAGGUACUGGCACCUUUCGUCUGGUUUGUCGUCCUCUCCUUUCCCUCCUGGUCUUGUCCAGUAGGUAGGAAAGCCCCACUUAGAUCUCUGUGGAUUUUGGUAGGUUUUAGUUUAGCUGAAGCCAUGGUACCUCAGACUGCGGUCGAGCGUGGGAGAGCUGAAAGGCGUGAGGGGACAAAUCUGAUUGCAACUAGGGUUGCAAGGAAGGACACACUGGACCGCAGAGCAAAGCUGCUUUCUGACUUCAGAGCAUGGCUGUACCAGACUCACGAGGUUUACCUGUCACAGCUGCUUACUGCAAAACCUCCAGAUGCGGAAGAAAUCAGUAGGUGGCUCACUCUCUAUGGACAGGAGAUGUUUUUGGCAGGAAAGUCUUAUGGCAAGUUUGCUGAGACAAUCAACGCAGUGGCGGCCGCAAGGCCAAUUGUGAGGAAACAGCUUGUGGGCGCUUGGGAUCUUGCUUUUGCUUGGUUGGUUGACGAGCCGACUGAGCAUCACCCCGCACUUCCAUUGUCCAUCCUCCUUGCAAUGCUGUCAUUAGCACUCAUGUGGGGUUGGCCAUUGGAAGCGGGUGUGAUCAGUUUGGCAUGGUGUGGAAUCUUGAGGGUUGGAGAAGUGUUAUUGGCAGAUAGGUCUGAUUUGAUCCUCCCGUGCGAUGCGGCACCGGGGACCCUUUUCGGCCUCCUCAGAAUCAAAACACCGAAAACCCGUGGAAGAGCAGCUCGUCACCAAGCUGCUCGUAUAGAUCCACCAGACAUUCUGAUGCUUUUGACAGCAAUUUACAAUGGUUUCCCAGCGAGCUCAAAGUUGUGGCCUUACUCAGCAGAAACUUUGAGGAAACGUUUCAAUCAUCUGCUGGCAGCACUCGGGCUUCAAACUGAAAGGUCAAAAGGCAGGCGGCCUUUUAACCUGGGUUCGUUACGCCCUGGGGGUGCGACGCACUUGUUGUUGGCCUCUGAGGAUUCCGAGUUGGUCCGGAGAAGGGGCAGAUGGGUCACUUCCCGGGUGAUGGAAAUUUACCUCCAGGAGAUCAUGUACACAACAUAUGCUGAGAAGCUUGACAGACACACCCGUACUCAGGUGUUGCAAUUGGCUGGAAACUUUUCGAAGAUUCUGAAUACGGCUGUUGGCUUUCUCAACUGUGCAGUCCCCCCACAAACUUGGUGGUCGUUAUUCCAGGCCAGCGACGGCGAGGAGCUUGGAGAGGCAGGGAGUGAUGGUGUGAAAUAG